UGGAUUUAUACUCCUCAAAGCAUGCCAUCAGAUAACACUUAAAUUCACAGAGAUUAGAAGAAAUGGGAUGAAUAAUUGGAAAUGGAAUUGUGUAGGGUUGGAAGGUUCAGAAUACCAUUGGAUGGGAGUGGACAUGGGAAGCUGGAGGCAGCAUUGGACCCAGAUGAACAUGGCAGAGGAAUGGACAUGUGCAGCUUCAACCCUGCUUACUUAGGCAAGAAAUAUAGAUAUGCUUAUGCUUGUGGAGCCAAAAGACCCUGCAAUUUCCCCAACACACUCACUAAGAUUGAUUUGGUGAAGAAGAAGGCCAAGAAUUGGUAUGAAAGCGGUGCUAUUCCUUCCGAGCCCUUCUUCGUGGCUCGACCUGGUGCAACCGAAGAGGACGACGGAGUGGUGAUCUCUAUGGUCAGUGGGAAAAAUGGAGAAGGGUAUGCUUUGCUACUAGAUGGAUCCACAUUUGAAGAGAUAGCCAGAGCAAAAUUUCCCUAUGGUCUUCCUUAUGGGCUACAUGGUUGCUGGAUUCCCAAGAAUUAGUAUCAUUUCAAUACCAAACUAUAGCUUGUUCAAUUAAUCAAUAUCAGAAAACAC